GGGCCUUAUAGAAAAUCUAGCUCUACUUCCUCAUUUAGGAAGAAGAUUAUAGAAACUGAAAGCCAAAGAAACUUCAUCAAAACACACAAAUAAUUAUGAGCAGCACAGGUCCAGAUGACUUCAUUCAGAAUCCCCAAUUCUUCCCACCAUUAUCUUCCAGUCAACAAAUAUUCAUUGAGAACCUGUCGUGUGCCAGAUACUGUUCCCAGAGCAGCACAUAUCCAGAACUGAAAAACUUUAUUUCCUACUGCAAGGAAGGGCAGAAAGACAGCAGGCAUCAAACUGCAGAAUCCAUGCCUGGCCAUCUUUCCCCACCUCCUGUUGGGCAGCUUUGCUAUGAGAAUGUGAACGGAUCGUGUGUGAAAACUCCCUACUCACUUGGAUCCAGGGUGAUUCUGUACGCAGUGUUUGGUUUCGCGUCUUUUCUGGCUGUGUUUGGAAACCUGCUGGUGAUGACUUCCGUUCUGCAUUUCAAGCAGCUGCACUCCCCUGCCAAUUUCUUGAUUGCGUCUCUGGCUUUUGCUGACUUUCUGGUGGGGGUGACCGUCAUGCCCUUCAGCAUGGUCAGGUCUGUGGAGAGCUGCUGGUACUUUGGGGCCAGAUUUUGUAGCCUGCACAGUUGCUUCGAUGUGGCGUUUUGUUACUCUUCUCUCUUCCACCUGUGCUUCAUCUCCAUCGACAGGUACAUCGCUGUUACUGAGCCUCUGGUCUAUCCUACCAAGUUCACGGUGUCUGUGUCGGGGACAUGCAUAGGCAUCUCCUGGAUCCUGCCCCUUGUAUAUAGUGGUGCCGUGUUCUAUACAGGCAUCAAUGACGAUGGCAUGAAGGACUUAGUAAGUGCCCUCAACUGUAUAGGUGGUUGUCAAAUUGUUGUAAAUCAAGACUGGAUCUUGAUAAAUUUUCUGUUAUUCUUCAUACCCACCCUUGUUAUGAUAAUUCUUUACAGUAAGAUUUUUCUAGUAGCUAAACAACAAGCUAUAAAAAUUGAAAAUACUGGUAGCAAAGCAGAAUCAUCCUCAGACAGUUACAGAUCCCGAGUGGCCAAGAGAGAGAGAAAAGCGGCUAAAACCCUGGGUAUCACAGUGGUAGCAUUUAUGAUCUCUUGGCUACCAUAUACAAUUGACACAGUAAUUGAUGCCUAUAUGGGCUUCAUAACCCCUGCCUAUAUUUAUGAGAUUUGCUGUUGGGGUGCUUAUUAUAACUCAGCCAUUAACCCUUUGAUUUAUGCUUUAUUUUAUCCUUGGUUUAGGAAAGCCAUCAAAGUUAUUUUAAGUGGAGAAUUUUUAAAGGAGAGCUCAUCAACCAUCAGUUUAUUUGUUGAAUAAGUAUGAACACGAAGUCGAGAAAUUUAAAAAUAUUUUAAAAAUGAUACAUUUAUGAUGAAAUUAGAUAUAAGAAAUGAAUAAAGCCUUUCAAAAUUGGGGAAAUAGCUAUAUAUUUUUCAAAUUAGCUAGGAACAACAUCACAAGAAGAUAACUGCAUUAAAUCAUUGCAGAAAUAUUACUGAACCAAACAGUAAAUAAUGAAGUGGUUUACGUACGUAAUCUGCCUGGGUGCUCUGUACACGUCCUUGUUAUACGUACUUGUCUCUUCCAAUUUCAUUGAAUUCUGAAUCUCAUUUCGGUUGCGAUCUCUCUAAUCAUUUUCUCUUUUAUGGUCACCUCUCACCUCUCAUGUAUCUUCAAAUGGUCUUUUACAACACUGUAUUAAUUUCUAGGGCUGUCAUAACAAAGUACCACAGACUAGGUGGCUUAAAGCAGAGCAAUUUAUUCUGUUCCUAAUGAUUUCAAAGCUAAAAUUCCAAAGUCAAGGUGUCAACAGGUCUGGUUUCAUCUGAGGGCCCCCUUCUUUGGCUUAUAGGUGGCUAGCUUCUCUCUGCGUCCUCAUAUGGUUUAUGCCAUAUUUAUGUCCUUGUCCUAAUCUCCUUUAUUAAUACACAUUUUAAAUGUUUAUUUAUUUUGAGAGAGAGAGAGAGCAUUGCACCCACACAUACAAGCAUGAGCAAGAGAAGGGGAAAGAGAGAGAGAGAGAGAGGGAGAGAAUCCUAAGCAGGCUCAUGCUGUCGGUGCAGAGCCCGACACAGGGCUCAAUGACACAAAGCGUGAGAUCAUGAGCUGAGCCGAAAUCAAGAGUCGGAGGCUUAACCGACUGAGCCACCCAGGAUCUCUUUAUCUCUUGUUGUAAGAAGCCCAGGAAUAUUGGGCUGGGGAUCACCCUUUAAAACUCUCUUUGAUUACCUUUUAAAAGGUCUUAUCUCAGCACAUGGUUCCAUUCUAAAGUACUAGAGGUCAGGACUUUGAUAUAUGAAUUUUGGAAGGAUACCAUGCAGCCCAUAACAGGCACAAGCCCAGAGUUGGUGACACUACCCAAGGGUCUGUUCAGCAAAUGAUUUGUGAUACUGUCUGUACCUUCCAGGAGCUUUUGGGGCAGGAGGUAAGCCUUUCUUGCUUAAUGGCUGGGCAGAAUCUUGGAAUAUUCACCUGUAAUAUCCUGGGGUCAGUAAUUUGGCCUUGGAAUCAGGUAUUAACUAUGGACAUUGCACAGAAGUGAAAAACUGCAAAUGGAAAAAUUUGCCACAAGAAAGCUGGCCCAGUGAUCAUUAGCAAUUGGAAAUUCUGCAAGGGAAAGAAUGAUCAAUUAUUGCUCUCAGUGACACUAACUUUUCUCACCUGAAUAUACUGCAUGCUUCCCUUUCCCAGAAUGUUGUGGGGGUGAAAAAGUCUUUGCUGGUGCUGCAAAAACUUCUAAUAAAAAGGAUAUAAAAAACAAUGCUCUAAUUUUACAUUUUGCUCUCUGGAAUAUUUUACACUGUUGAUGUAACAAAAGUAUUCUGGAAUGCAUAUGUACAGUAUUUCGUAUAGUGAAUCUAAAUUGUAAUAGAGUACUGGUUUCGAAACCAUUUUUUUUCUCUUUUUGGUUUAUCUUUGGGUCACUCAAUUAAAGUGAUUGAAAUCUUUUUUUUCCCAUUGGCUUUCACUGAGAUUUUUCAUUUUUUUCAAGCAAAUAUUGAGCAUAAAUUACAGGCAAGUACCUGAGUUAGGAACAGCUAACAAUAAAAAGUAUGUUUUAUAUAGUAUUUUCCUCAAGGAACAUGAUUUUGUAGGUAA